UUCCACGAAUAUGAGCUGGACAGCUUAGGUGUAGAUAAAAUCAAGGCAAAAAAAUCAAGGAUAUAUUUCCCCAGAUCCCCCACUGUCCCUUCCCCGGAAUGUCCCCGGACUCGUUUUCUUUCUCUACAUGAAAAAUUCUUUUUCACGAUGGCUGUUGAAAUGUCCUCUGAUCGUGAAACCAACGACCACCAGCAUAUUCAGGUCGUUAAAAAGUCGAUGUGGCAGUCUCUAGCCGCUAACCCUAAGGUGCUCCUUAUUGCCUUCUUUGCCUCUUUUGGUGGGUUUGAAUAUGGCUAUCAACAAGGCGUCUUAGGCCAAUCUUUGGUCAUGACCCGUUUCAAAGAGAAUUUCCCCUCGGUUGUAGACUCUGAUGCAGCAAAGGGAUGGUUGACCUCGAUUCUCCAGUUGGGCGGAAUUAUUGGGUCUUUAUCCGCCGGAGUCUUGGGCGAAAUUUAUUCACGCAAGUACACCAUGUUCGUCGCCUGCUGCUGGGUUAUCCUAGGAAGCUAUCUUUACGUUGGCGCCACGGCCGGCAACGCGUCGCUUUUGUACGCCGGACGAUUCUUCACGGGUGUAGGAGUCGGUCUGUUCAGCGGUGUUGGCCCGUUGUAUAACGCCGAACUGGCCGCCCCCGAAAUGCGUGGUCUCCUCGUCUCCUUCUACCAGUUUGCCACUAUCCUGGGCAUCAUGAUUUCCUUCUGGGUGGGUUACGGAAGUAACUACAUUGGGGGUACAGGCGAGACACAGUCGGACCUUGCAUGGCGCAUACCCUCCAUCAUCCAGGGUAUCCCUGCGGUUGCUCUGGCGGCCGGGAUCUGGUUCAUGCCGUUCUCCCCUAGAUGGCUGGUCAAGAAGGGCAGGGAUGAGGAGGCCCUUGCUACCCUCGCAUGGGUCCGGAAGCUUCCACAGGACCAUGAACUCGUUCAAGUGGAGUAUCUGGAGAUGAAGGCGGAGGCCCUAUUUGAGGAGAGAGCCUUCGCCAAGGCAACGCCCUGGUUGGCCGAGAGAGAAAACACGAGCGUCUUCAUGAGCCAAAUUGCCCAAUAUGCCAAUUGCUUCCGGACUAUGGGCAACUUCAAAAGGGUCUGCACCGCAUGGCUGAUUAUGUUCUUCCAGCAAUGGAGUGGUAUCGACGCUAUUAUCUAUUACGCGUCGAAUGUUUUCGAGAGUCUUGGGCUUACGGGCGGUACUGUCGCCCUCUUGGCAACCGGUGUGACUGGCGUGGUCUUCAUCAUCAGCACAAUGCCCGGAAUGUUAAUUAUUGACAAAGUCGGUCGGAAACCCAUGUUGAUAGUCGGCUCAAUAGUCAUGUUGGUCAGCAUGGUGAUCGUGGGAGUGAUCGUGGCCAAGUUCCGUCAUGAUUGGCCUUCUCAUGUUGCGGCUGGCUGGACUGCUGUUGCCCUCAUCUGGGUCUACAUCGCUGGCUUUGGUGCUACAUGGGGCCCCUGUUCAUGGACAUUGGUGUCGGAAAUUUUCCCCCUCUCCAUUCGUGCCAAGGGCGCUUCGAUUGGAGCAUUUAGCAACUGGCUCAACAACUUUGCUAUUGCAUUCUUUGUGCCCCCGAUGCUGAAUGCAUGGGCAUGGGGUACUUACAUCUUCUUUGCCGUUUUUCUGCUAGUCGGCAUUCUCUGGGUAUGGUUCUUUCUUCCUGAGACGAAGAAUGCGUCCUUGGAGGAGAUGGAUCGGGUGUUUAAGAGCAAUACUGGGGAGCAGGAUGCUGAACUUCUGCGUGAGGCCCAGAGAGAAGUAGGGUUGACUGCAUGCCUCGAACGGCUGUCCAAGGGUGAAGUGUCCGUGGAUAAAGAUAGUCAUGGAUUCCAUGUUGAGAAGGUAUAAGCUGGCGGA